AUGGUCCUAAUCGCCGGAGGAAGAGGCUGGUCGCGGCGUCUGGUCGUGACAGGGUUCGCCGGAAGCUGCAAUUCACGCGUGAACAAGGGUCGCCAGAAUUCUUCGCGAGAUGGAGGCGUCGCAGAGGGCUCGCGAUUGGUCCACGCGGAGGAUACUCGCCGGCGGGAGGCUCGCGGCGUCAGAUUUGCAGAGACUCGCGGCUUGCUGCUCGCGAACAGAGAUGAGUUCACGGCGGAGGACUUGCGAGCAGGCGACGGUCGGGGGUACUGCGCAGCGGAGGGGCUCGCCGGCGAUUGGUCUGCGCGUCGUUCAGAGGAUGGCGGAGGAGGAGAUGACGAGAUGAUGGUGAUGGUGUGCGGCGCGCCUAGGUGGUCACAGCUUGGAGAUCGGCGGCGACGGGAAAGAUCAGAGGUAGGGAUAACGACGAUUGGUGACAUUUCGAGUCCUCCACCUGAAUAUGAGCCUGGUGUGCCAACUGAGAUGCCGCCCAGGCCCAAUAUUCCAGAAAUUGGCCCAAUUCCUCUAGCGAUGCCUGCUGACCCUCCACCUCUCUCGCCUGGGCCUAACUCAGGCUCAGAAUUUCCAAGCCCACCGGAUCUGAUUCCACCAGAGCCGGAGGCACCUCGGCCACAUGUGCCUUCUCCACCCGAGAUAGUACCACCUGAUGUGACAUCUCCUAAAUCACCAGAGCCUGGGCCGCCAUAUCCCGACGAACCACCUCCGAUAAUGGGCUCAGAUGGGCUGGCCAUUUACUAA